AUGACUGGCAGUGCAUUUGACUCGACGUACUACUACCGCUUCUCCAAUACUGCCCUUGGAGUCAACAUGACACUGGCAGUCGGUGAAACAAACGACCCCCCUAAUGCUCCAGUACUGAAUCUCAUUCGCAGCUUCUCUUCGGAGAAUUGGCAAAUAUUCUAUGACCAGGGCAUCUAUUUCAUUCGCAACUGGAAUUAUGGAGCAACAUACCAACUAGGCCUCACGGCCGAUGAGCGCAUCACGCCGCAACUCCUCGCCACUGGGCCAGACCUUGGGAUGCAGUGGAACUUGACAAUGGGAGAAGAUGGUUGGAUUAUGUACAACAUGUUGCUGGCAACGGACAAUAUGCUCGGGGUGGACAUGAGCGCUUUGAAUCACACAAUACCGGUGAUGAACACAGACACGACAGGAGCGCAAUGGUCGAUUGAUAUCAACAACUCCGCGGGGAAAAUCACCAAUGAGACUAUGUUGCAAGUCUUCUCUCCCCUUCCUGCAGCGACAACCACUCUUCCUGUCAGCUCCACUAGGAUGGCAACGAUACCAACUUCAACGUUAACAUCAACUUCGGAAGUCACAUCAGCCCAAAAAAUGGAGGAUGCUUCUUCAAGCGACAGUCUUAGCCCAGGCUCAAUUGCUGGAAUAGUAGUGAGCUGUGUGGCAAGCAUUGCCCUUAUCCUGGUGAUUUGGUUCAUCAUCCGGCGGCGACGAUCUCAACCCCAAAAACAGCUCCUGGGUCCUCAGAAGGAUGAGCCCUUCCAGCUCGAGGGACACUGCAAAACUACUGAGCUUCCCGGAAAUGUGUUUAAUGCCGAGGCACCGACUAAUAAAGUUGUGAAUGAGUUGCCGGGAGAGACGAGAUGA